GCUACCGUUGAAAUCUCCGACAGAUGGAUGUUUUCCUCUCUGAUGUGUAAUAUUUGGAAUUCAAUGGAUGUUCAUGCCUCCACGGUAUCAACAUUACAUCUCUGUUGUAUCUCUGUAGACAGAUAUUAUGCAAUAGCCAAGCCCCUGGUUUAUCAUGAUACAAUGACAGUAAAAGUUGCAUUCUGCAUGAUAGCAGUUGCCUGGAUUAUACCCUCUACCAUAUCAUUCAUACCAAUCUUUACAGGUUGGUAUACUACAUCGGAGUACCUUAAACAUAAAGAAUAUCAUCCGGAUGAAUGCAGAUUUGUUGUGAACAAAACUUACGCUUUUCUCUCUUCGUCAAUGACCUUCUGGAUUCCAGUUAUUGUUAUGCUUACUCUAUAUUAUAGGAUAUAUCUAGAAGCUAAGCGGCAUAAAGCAGCUAUCAGGAGACAUUCGUCUUCACUCUACACUUCCCUUAGUGUAAUGAAUUCAACUUCACUCAGUAUUAUAACUCAUGGCGCUUCCUGCCCCCCUAGUACACAAUCCUCAACUCAACACUCAACUAGUAAUUCGACUCUCAAACUUAAACAAAAGUCACUCAGCUCAGAAAGGUUGAAUGAGGCUGGGGAAGCACCUAGAACCAAACGAUUAUACUCUCUUAAUAAAUCUCCGAAAUCCUCCAGAAUACGACGAGAUAGGAGAAUGUCUACUCCCGUGGUAAAAAUUAAUUCACCGGACAACCCCUGUAGAUUAUUCACUACACAGACCAAGUUAGCACGUGAACCGAAACACAAUGCCAAAUUUCUCUCAACCAAAGGAUAUCUCAACAAGAAGAUGUCUUUGCAAGACGGAUCCCGUGUUAUCGGACCUGGAAGAGGACUGACCAAAAACGACUCCUCCGUUCAAUUAGACAAAGGUGAGAACCAACCAAAGCCCGAGAUAUCAAUCCGUAUUUUCGAGAAUCCUUGGCCAGAGGAGGUUGAAAAGGCAGGAGAAGGGUCCCCUGAAACAGCUGAGAAAGCAGGAGAAGUGGUCCUUGAGACUAAGGAAUCCGAAAAGCCUCAGGAAUCCCCAAAAUUCCGGUUUUCCAAAGCAAAGCAGAAGAUUUGCGGAUUUGGAGGGAAAGUUCAGAGAAAAAUGAUACUCGGGAGCAGAGACAAAAGAACGAUAAAGCCUGCGGCCUGGAGAAAAGAACACAAGGCGUUUGUAACACUAGGAGUUGUAAUGGGAGCUUUUCUAUUGUGUUGGCUCCCUUUCUUCCUGUGGUAUCUAACUAUCACUAUAUGCGGGUCAGCUUGUCCCUGUCCUGAUGUAGUGGUCAGCAUUCUCUUCUGGAUCGGCUAUUUCAACUCAACAUUGAACCCGUUUAUCUAUGUGAUGACGAACCAGGACUUUAAAAGGGCAUUCACUACAAUCAUAGAAAAACUAUUCUUUUGUUCUAAAAAAUCCGCGAGAAAUUCAGCUGAUUUCGAGGUUGAGAUGUCACGGGUCAGUCAGGCUGAGAGCGUUUAUCGAUUUUAAAUCAGUUUUAGUUUGAAGUAUUUUCCAGAGCAUAAAGAUAAAUUUGUUUAUAGUGUUUUUAUUUGCAAUAAUGUACAUGUAUGUAAGUGUACCCAAUGCUCAAAUUUUUUGAACACGUUUAUCAAAAUGUAAAAAAGCCAAAUUUAUAUCUAAAAAUAACAAUAAAGAACAAAAAAAACUU